CGCACAACUUGGAAAAAACAUGCCCCGCCAUCGUCGCCCCUCGAUAUUGAAUCCAAUUCAAUACCUACUGUGUAACCCCCAAGCGACCUCUCGAAUUUCCAGACAGAGACAGCUCGGCUUCCAUCGCUCUCCAAAGUGGCGUCUCUUCCCUUCCGAUUCAAAUCCGGCGGCGACGGCAAAAUGCCCGCCCUCGUGAAUAGCGGUCACUCGCACCGGCCGACGACUAAAUCGUCCAACAAGCCCUUCAAGUCGCGCAAGGCCAGCAAAGGUUCGCUGCGGAAUGCUGCCAAAGGCAAGGUCGCCGACGAACGAGGGCUGCGCAAGACACCGCACCAGCAAAUCAUGUCUAAAAUCGACCGCCGAAACCAGGCGAAGCAACGGCAGCUGGUCAAGCUCAGAGAACACCAGAACGAGACGUCUGUCUUCUCCGGGAGAGACGGCGCCCCCAAGAAUGUCGCCGUCAUUCCCCUCUGCCGCGACGGCGACGCUGCCGCCGCUAUUACGAGUCUGAACGGAAGCAUUGAUCUCGAGGCCGAGGUGCCCGAGACCGGCUGCUUCCGUGUGCCAGUCGACAGAUUCAAGCAGAAGCUGCAGUACAUACCCCUGACGAGGGACCUCACGGCAUGUCUCGAUGCUGCGAGGGUCGCCGACUUUGUGGUCUUGGUCGUGUCGGCGGACGAGGAGGUGGACGACCUGGGCGAGCUGAUCCUGCGGAGUGUCGAGAGCCAGGGGUUAUCAACCCUCUUCACCGUGGUUCAGGGCCUCAACAAGAUUGAGCCGGCGAAGCAGCGCCUCUCUAUUCUCGGGUCGCUCAAGUCCUACAUCAUGCACUUCCACCCCGAGCAGGAAAAAGUCUACAGCCUCGACAACAGGCAAGAAUGCUCGAACCUGAUGCGCUCGCUCUGCAAUACUACACCCAAGGGCAUCCGGUGGCGAGACGAGCGGAGUUGGAUGCUUGGCGAGGAUGUCAAGUUUUCCACCUCGCGGUCAGAGUCGACUAUUCUCACUGGCGUGAUCAGGGGCAAGGGCCUCAAAGCCGACAGACUCGUGCAUGUUGGAGACUGGGGCACGUUCCAGAUUGAGAAAAUCACGGCGGCGCCAAUCGCAGUGCGACCCAAGAAAGGCGACAACGCCAUGCCUGUAGAGGAGGCCGCGGCGGAGGAGACCCUCGACCUGCCAGGCGAGGAUCGAGACGACGUUGACGACCUUGCCCCAGAGGAGGCUUUUAUGGCCGAUGUUGAAGAGGAGGAAAUGGCAACCGACGACGCUACAGUUGCUGGUGUUUCGUCGAAGAAGGGUGUCUUGCUGGAUGAUCACCACUAUUUCUCAGACGAGGACAGCCAUCCUAAAGUGCGGAAGCUGCCGAGGGGCACCUCUUCGUACCAAGCUGCGUGGUAUCUGGAGGACGAUGUUUCAGAUUCUGGCUCCGACCUCGACGACUUUGAAAUGAAGGAUGUGGACGAUGCCGAGGAUGCCGCGCAGCCCCAAGACGGAGUCGAAGGGCAUGCCGCAAGAGAAACCCAGACAGAAGCCGGCGGAUCCGAGUACCCGCAGUCGGAGAUGUUCAUCGAGCCCGAUGAGGGCGAUGAUGCCAUGGAGCUUGAGGCGUACCGGAAAAAGAAGCGGAGUGAUGCAGAGGACGACAUGGAGUUCCCUGACGAAAUCGAACUCCACCCACAAGUCCUCGCUCGCGAGCGGCUUGCGAAGUACAGAGGCCUCAAGAGCUUGAGGUCAAGUCCUUGGCAGGAAGACGAAGACCGUGCACACGAGCCAGAGGAGUGGCAGCGGCUGUUACGGAUUCCAGACUACCAAGCGUCUCGGACCAGGUCGUCUCGCGAAGCUCUUGUAGGUGGUGUGGCUCCUGGAAUCCGCGUGCAUGUCCACCUCAAGGGUGUACCGGCAACGGCUCGGGAGUCUUACAACCCAGCCAGACCCGUCACUUUGUUUUCGCUAUUGAGGCACGAAAACAAGCGGACUGCUGUGAACGUGCUCAUCAAUCUCAGCUCGGACCAUCCGACCUCGCUCAAGUCGAAGGAGGAGCUGAUUAUGCAGUGCGGCCCUCGCCGGUUCGUCAUCAACCCUCUCUUCUCCCAAGGUGGCAACACGCCCAACGACGUGCACAAAUACUGUCGCUACUUGCACCCCGGCCAAUCCGCCGUGGCGACCUUUAUGGGGCCCGUAACAUGGGGCGCCGUGCCGGCUCUCUUCUACAAGAGGACGGUCCCAGCAGCGGCCGGAGAGAGCUCCAACGGCUCUGACAGCUCCGACAGCGAGGCCGAGGAGCAGUCCACUCUGCCGCUAACGCUUGUUGCGACGGGGACAGCGCUGGCCCCUUCGACAUCGCGCGUCAUUGCGAAGAGGGCCGUCCUCACAGGCCACCCGUAUCACAUCCACAAGAAGAUUGUCACGAUCCGCUACAUGUUCUUUAACCGCGAAGACGUCGAGUGGUUCAAAGCGCUGCCGCUGUGGACCAAGAGGGGCCGGUCAGGGCACAUCAAAGAGCCGCUGGGCACGCACGGGUAUUUCAAGGCCACGUUUGACGAGCGGAUCAACCCGCAGGACUCUGUCGGCGUCAGCCUGUACAAGCGGGUGUGGCCCCGCAAUGCCAGGCUGCUCGGCGGUGGCUUGCCGCUUGACGUGGGCGAGGUCGUGUCGGCGGAGGUGCCGGCCUCUGAGGCCAUGGAUGCGGAAAUCUCGUAGGGAACAAGAAGCUUACUGAUAGAUGAUAGACACGUUUGCCCGCCAGGUCGGGUACUUUUUAUGAACCGGCUACGAGGAAAAGAAAUGAAAUCACACUAGCUUGCCGGUAUAUAUAAAUAUAUAAAUAUAUGA